CUACUGAGCUGGAUUUUAACUGGUCAUGGUUCCAGCUUAGAUGUAUGCAAGUUGGAGGAAAUGCCAGCGCUGUUGCAUUUUUCAACCAGCAUGGUUGCAAAACCAGUGCUGCAAAUGCAAAGUACAACAGCCGUGCUGCCCAGCUGUACAGAGAGAAGAUCAAAACUUUAGCAACACAAGCUACCAGACGUCAUGGGACUGAGCUGUGGCUCGACAGUCAGGGUCCUCUUUCUCCAACUUCUCCCGAGGACAAGCAGGUUGACUUCUUCAGUCUGCACUCACAGGAUUUGCCUGAAAAUCUGAAUAUGGCAAAAAUGUGUCUCAGCAACCCUGUGUCAGAAAAGUCUUCAACCCUGGAAAAAGAUGAAGAUAGAAAUGGAAAUUCAGAAGAAGGUCCAAGUGUUGAACUGCUAAGUGUUUCCCCUAAAUCAACCCCAGAGCCGUCCUCACUUCUAAAAAAGAAGCCAGCAGCUUCCAAGAAAACGCUGGCUUCUAAGAAAGGCGGACUGGGUGCUCAUAAGGUCAGCAGCCAGAAUUUCUCUCAGGUGGAGAAGGCCGCUCAGGCUGCGGACAAACUCAGAGAGAAGGAAGAGAGCUCUACCUCAGAUGCUAAGAGGAAUGUCCCCUCAGAUGAGUCCAUUACAACAUCCAUGCGUCUGGCCUAUAAGGAUAUAGAGCAGCAGAGGAAACAGGAGGAGAAGAAGCUGAAGGGAUUAGAGGGGAAUAAGAAGGAGCAAGCAGAGAGACUGGGCAUGGGUCUAGGCAUGAGGAGCGGAGUUUCUCACUCCGUUAUGUCAGAUAUGCACAUCAUCCAACAGGAGAGUCCUCUUGGAGCCAAAAGCACCAAAGGCCGCAGAUUUGCUGAGGAAGAUGAAUAUGAAGGAACAUUUAGCUCAAGGCACCAGUCACGGUUUGAAGAUCAAACAGACUCCUCUGAUAGUUUCUCCACACGGUGGGGAGCUGAUGAUGGAAACGGGGGAGGAUGGAUGAAGGAGAGCAAGAAACCAGAGCCAGACUUCUACCUGUCCUCCACCAUGUCUUCACUUGAUGACAGAACGGUGUCCAGAAAAAAAGCAGACUCAACACCCAUCUCGGAUUCUGGAGAGGCUCGGAAAAAGUUUGGAGGUGAUGUCAAAGCAAUCUCCUCUGAUAUGUAUUUUGGAAAACAAGACAACUCUGAGUAUGAAACCAGAACGCGACUGGAGAGGUUUGCAGGGAGCGCCUCAAUAAGUUCAGCUGAUCUUUUUGACGAUCCAAAGAAAGAAACUGGAGGCUCCUAUCGCCUGACCAACGUCCUGCCCAGCGCUCCAGACAUGUCAGGGCUCAAACUCGGCAUGCGCUCGGUUGCUGGGAAACUGUCGGUCAUGGCUAGCGGCGUAGUCAACACAAUUCAGGACCACUACAAUUCCUAAGGGACAUUUUGGAUGUAAAUACCAUUUCCAGUGAGCUUUGAAGAGACGUCCAUACUUGUAGCAAGUCUGCACAAUUACCAAAAAAUUACCUUGUGUAUAUUUUUGGAAUUAAGUGACGUGUUGGGAUAUAAAAGAUAUGAGAUAUCUUCUGUUUAACUUAGACUUGAAUAUUGUUACUCUGCUUUAAGGUUCCUGGGUUUAUGUAUUUAGAAAUGCUUCAGUUAGCAGAUCAAGUAGCUUCAAAGUGUCAUGAAGAAGGUGUUUCCAUCUUUUUAUCUAACGUUAUUGAGUUCACACUAGAUUCAGAUUUGUUAAUUGGGUCCAUCCAUCAUGAUGCUGCUACAGAUUUCUCUCGGUUUAGUCGAAAAAAGCUUCAAAGUGUCCUUUAACCUCCCGAAGUGCACUUACAGACCAGACCAAACAAAACGAUAACCGAAACCUGAAGGAGCCAGAUAGUUUUCAUCUACAUUCUGAAGAGCUAUAACCGAUUAUUUUAUUUUGCUUUGUUUACGUUUUAAGUAAAGGUCAAACAAAUGAAGUUAGAAAAGGAAGAAAUACUUGAUGAAGAUUUUGUAGAAUGCCGAUCAGUGAUUUUCUAACAUUCACCAACGCUAUGAAAGUCUUUUUGAUUUUGGACUUUUAAGGAUCCAGUUUGCUUUUUUUCCCUUGGGAUAUUUUUUUAGGCAACAGCCAACUUGAAUGAGUUUUACAGAUUAGAACUAAAUAAGUCUGAUUAUCAGUCUUCAAUACAUAUACUAGUCUACUUUUCAAUGAUUCAUGCUGAGGACUGUUCUAGAAGCCCUUUCGGGUCCAUUUAAGAACCUGUUUAAACACCCAGUUGGGCUAAACCAUCGAGCUCAGGAAUUAAGAUAAAUUUAAAGACCAGAAGUAGUUUAUUGUUUUCAUAGUUUCAUUUUGACGUAAAAGUAUACAAAAUAGGCCCCCAGUAUAGCGCUAUUACCACCAUGUUUGACAUAUGGUACAGUAUUCAUCGUUUCAUCCUCUGAUUAGAAGGUAUUUGGCUUUUCCCUGUGGAUAAUUGAAAUUUGGCCCAUGUUCUUUCUUGCUGAGCACCUUCCUAUCCCUGAGGAUGUUAAAUUAAUUUUAGUAAGACUCAACACUCAUGUCCCAGCAGGUUUCAGUUAUUUACAGGUUGAAACUCUGGUGGUUCUAGUUACGUCCUGUAAUACUCCAAUAAAUGUCCUUUUCUCUGAGGGGGCAGCUGGUUGCUUUAACUAGACAAUAAUCCAAAACUGGUUUAGAAAUGGAUUAUGCAUGACUGAAAAAGGCUUUGGGGAAACUCCGACCUCUAUUGUACUAAAAAAUGUAGUCACUGCCAGGAAAACCAAACAAUUUAAAUUAGCCUUUUUUUCCUAAAAUCCAGCCAGAAAUACACGAGGCUUUGAGAUGUGUGGAAAAACCUCAUUCCUAAGGAAUAUUUAGGGAGCCUGUAGGUCUGAUCUUUGUCCUGAAAAUGCCUAAAUUCAGAGUUCUUCAACCAAUUUUAGUUUUCUAAAAAGGUAGAAGUUUGUUUCAGCAUAAUUUCACAAUAAAAACUGUUUCAAAUACAUGUUUUAAGAAAUGUAAAAUAAUAUUUACCCCCUGCUGACUGUUAAAUUUUCAUCAGCACUCCGUCUAAACUUAAUGGGAAUUAAAUGACACAAAGAAACAUGACUUUUACUAUGUAGUAAAAUAAAAUUAUAAAUGGAAAAAUGGGAUUUCUGUUAACUAAUUUGAAUUUUUUUUACCAAAGACAAUCUUUUUCUGUUUUCGUUACACAAUAAUAAUAAAAAAUAAAAAAAAAACACUUGUUAGACUAUUAAAAUAUUAAUUUACCUUUUUGUAAAUUUAUUGCACUAUUUAAUGGAUUUUUUUCUUUUCAUUUUUGACUAAACGGGCUGCCACUUUAUUGUCACUAUUUGAAUAUGAAGCGUUAUUACAAUGAAAAGGUGCCUUUAAGCUUGUAAGGUUGGAUUGUAUUGACAUUUUUUUUUUUCAUUUGGAAACUUGUUGAAUUUACAAAGUUUUUUUCAGAUGAAUUUUUGUAGUUAAUGUUGCUGUUGAAUCUUCAUGGCUGCUGUGUUAUUCAGUCCCAUUUUGAAAAGCGUCUCCUUUUUGGAUACUUCAUUAAUCUACUCCAAUAUAUUUGGUAUGCAAAGUAGGUUAGAUCACUCAUCCCGUUGCAAUACAAUAGUUGUAAAAACAUAAGAGGACCUCCAUGCAUUGCUGUUGCUCUUUGUCUGUCAGGCCAGCAGGUAUUCAGUCAAUACUGCUUAGGAUUUGCUCAGAAAAUGUGAGACAUUCAAAAGUGGACUAGAAAUUUCCAGAGUUACCAUCUGCCAACUUCAUGGAUUCUUUAUGAAGUGAAUCUGAUAUUUAGUCACCUAUUUUCCAAUCGUAGUUCCUAAAGCUGGCACUGCUAACACCUUCUAGAUGUCUGUUACCUUUUACUUGACUGCUUAAGAUUCUGGACAAGUUAACUCCCAUCACUAUAAGCUUUGAUCCAACGAACUCUAGUUCACUCAAUCUGAUUGAAAUGUUAUACCGGUAUUUGGAUUCUUGUUACCUGAUUACUCCAGAAGGAAACAAUGAUAAUUUGCACGUGGCAGCUUUGACGUCAAUGUUCCUUGACUCAGAGUUAAUUAUACUUUUGUUUUUUUGCUUUGUCCUUUUGCUUGGUUACAAACAAUGUCACUUUUUCAAUUUUUCAUUAUCCUUCCGCAGUUUGUAGAAGACAGAUCCUGAAGAUGAGAUGGAACCAUAGCUUUUCCAGUAAUAGCUGUGUAGUAUAGUGUUGUGAAGAGCUAUUGGUUGUCAUUUAUGUAUAAAAUAAAGCUAUCAAUAAUCAUUUUUUGUUGGUUUUUUUGACACAAAUGUUUGCAGGAACUCUGCAGCUGUGCCAAAAUAAAGUUCUUUUUGCCUUACUACUUCUCUUUAUUACCUAAGUCCAAUAUUCCAUCUACUCUAAGCAGCUUCCCUGUCCCAGCUGGGGAAAAUAUCGCCACAGCAUCAUGCCUCCACCACCAUGUUUCACGGU